AUGAUGGCUCGCCACAGAACAUCGCGCUCACCAUCUCCUGCAGGAAGUCGAGGAAGCCGCCAUGACGACAGACGGGAUCGUGAUCGUGACCGUGACCGCGGCCGACGAGACCCCCCGAGGGAUCGUCGACGCAGCCGCAGCCCUGGUCGCUACCGAGACCACUUCGACAGGGAUCGAGACUCGUAUCGUCGCCGGGACCGCUCUAUAGACCGGAGAGACCGAGACGAUGACUACUAUCGUGGCGGACGAAGAGACGGUGCCUCAUACAGGGACGGCGACAGGCGUCGCUCCCGGGAGCGGGAAAGGUCUCCGCCACGCCGUCGAGACAGGAGCAGGGAUAGGGACGCUCGUGGGAGACGUGAUGAUUCCCCAUUUCGCGCUCGACGAGAGGGCACUGCCGACUCGAAUGCGUCACGAAGCAGGACUGACGACAGUCGCCAGCGAGGUCCUACCUCUGCAGCAAAACCCGCCCCCAAGGAUGCUGAUGCCGCUAAGUCUACACAAACCCAAGCUCAGGCUCAAAGUGAUAAACAGGCGGAACGACUUGCUAAACUUGAGGCUUGGAAGAAGAAGACCCUGACCAAGCAGGCGACCAAGGAGACAGAUGCCACAAGCACACGGAAGCUCCUGGCCGAGAUGGACGGCAGAGCUAGUGGCACUCCAACCGCCGUAGCCUCGCCUUCGAAUGGCACGCCAGGGGCCGCAUCCCCUAGCACUCCGCAACCAGCCCAAGAAGCGUCUCCUACUGUGCCUUAUGCGGGCAAGUUUGACCCCAAAGCAAUUGCGAAGAAGUCAGCAGCCCGCCAUCACUCGCCUGUGCCCCUGGGCGAUAUACCGGGAGCGCCAGCAACGUCCGCAAAAGUGGCCGCCAAUGCCAAGUCUACGGCUUCCGCCUUGCCAACUGGUAAGAAUAUCAGCGGCUUCGGUUUCCAGAAGGCCAGCGGCGACGGUGAAAAGCCAUCUGCCAAGCGGAAGCUACUUCUCGAUGAUGAAGAGACGUCAAACCGCAAGUUAGCCAAGCUUCCCGACAUAUCGUUGGAGGAUGCCGAUGCUACUCCUUUUGCUAAUCAAGAAGACGAGUCUGAUUCUGAUGGUGACAACUUUGCUGGGACUGAAGAGGAAGCUGCCGCUGCCGCUCGAGCAGCCCAUGAUCGACGCGAGGAGAGAAUUUUACAGCAAAGUAUGGCCAUGCAGACAGACGAGUCCGAAAAAGAGGCCGAGAAAGAGGCUGUUACCACCUCGGCAGCGAACAACGAAGCGCCCCUAGCUACAGCCCAGUCAGAAGCUGCUGAGCCCGAGGCUAUGGAAGUCGACGACGACGUGGACCCGUUGGACGCCUUUAUGGGAGAUCUUGCAGAUGUCGCCACCACAAAGGCCACCAAAACUCGCAGCAAACAAGCCACCAGAUCCCAGGAACAGGAGCCAGAAGUGUACUUCUCAGACGAUGAGUAUGAUUACAUGGACAAGGCUGACGCGAACCCGGAAUCAAUACUAGCCAUCACAGCCAAAAAGAAGAAGAAGGACAUUCCCAAGAUCGACUACAGCAAGAUCGAGCUCAACCCUAUAAGGAAGAACUUCUGGUUCGAACCGUCUGAACUAAGCCAAAUGACUGAGGCAGAGGUUCUUGAACUUCGUCUGGAUUUGGACGGCAUCAAGGUCUCUGGGAAAGAUGUUCCAAAGCCUGUCCAAAAGUGGUCGCAUUGUGGUCUCACUCAAGCCAUGUCAAAUGCCAUUCGUGACCUGGGGUACGAAAAGCCCACGCCAAUUCAGAUGCAAGCGUUGCCCGUCAUCAUGUCCGGCCGCGAUGUCAUUGGUGUCGCCAAGACUGGGUCCGGCAAGACCAUGGCUUUCUUGCUCCCUAUGUUCCGCCACAUCAAAGAUCAGGACCCCGUUCGAGAUGACGGACCGAUCGGUCUCAUUCUGACACCGACUCGAGAACUCGCAACUCAGAUUUUCCGUGAUUGUAAGCCCUUCCUCUCGGCACUCAAUUUGCGUGCUGUCUGCGCCUAUGGUGGCCCACCGAUAAAGGACCAGAUUGCUCAACUCAAGGCCGGUGCCGAAAUCAUCGUCGCGACCACUGGCCGAUUUAUUGAUCUCUUAGCGGCCAAUCAAGGUCGUGUCGUCAAUCUCAAGCGCACGACCUUUAUCGUGCUGGACGAAGCUGAUCGAAUGUUUGACAUGGGCUUUGAGCCCCAGGUAAUGAAGAUUUUCGCCAAUGUCCGGCCAGACCGUCAGACCGUGCUGUUCUCUGCGACCAUGCCUCGCAUCAUUGAUGCGCUGGUGAAAAAGGUUCUCAAGAGCCCCGUUGAGAUCACGGUUGGUGGCAAGAGUGUAGUAGCCCCUGAAAUCACACAGAUCGUGGAAGUCAGGGAAGAGAAAGACAAGUUUUUACGUCUUCUUGAGCUGCUAGGAAAUUUGUACGCCGAUGAUGAUGACGUUCGCGCGCUAAUCUUUGUUGAGAGACAAGAAAAGGCGGAUGAUCUGCUUCGAGAGCUUCUGCGGAAAGGUUACGGGUGCAUGUCUCUCCACGGAGGCAAGGACCAGGUGGAUCGUGACUCGACCAUUUCCGAUUUCAAGAGUGGAGUUUGCCCAGUCCUGGUCGCUACCUCCGUCGCCGCUCGUGGUCUUGAUGUCAAGCAACUCAAGCUUGUGGUUAACUACGAUGCACCAAACCAUUUAGAAGACUAUGUCCAUCGAGCUGGCCGUACGGGGCGAGCUGGCAACACCGGCACAGCGGUGACGUUCAUCACCGAGGAGCAAGAGAAUUGCGCACCAGGCAUCGCGAAAGCUCUUGAGCAAAGUGGCCAGCCUGUCCCCGAACGGCUUGAGCAGAUGCGCAAAGCGUGGAGAGAGAAAGUCAAGGCUGGCAAAGCAAAGGACCAGUCUGGGUUUGGUGGCAAGGGUCUAGAACGUCUGGACAAGGAACGAGAGGUAGCGCGCAUGAGAGAGCGCAAGACUCACAAGGCUGAAGGUGACGACGAUGAUGAAAAGGAGGAAGCGCCAGCCGACGAUGAAAAGAAGAACAAGGCUGCAUCAGCAAUCCAGAUGGCCACUUCUGCCGUCGUAUCUCGCGAUGCUGCCAAGGCUGCCGCUGAUGACGGCAAGGCGGGCGCGACAGAGGCAGCACAGUCAGAAAGCGCCGCUAAGGGAGGCGCGCUUGACAAGGCCGCCCAGGCAGUCAACGACAUCAACGCGCGCCUCGCCCGCGCCGGCCAGCUCCGACCGGGCCAGCCCAUCGACAACAAGGGUCCCGACGCCGGCGCGUUCCACGCGACGCUGGAAAUCAACGACUUCCCGCAGAAGGCCAGGUGGGCCGUCACCAACCGCACGAACGUCGCCAAGAUCCUCGAGGCGACAGGCACGUCCAUCACGACCAAGGGCAACUUCUACGCCGCCGGCAAGGAGCCGCCGGCGGGCGCGGAGCCGAAGCUAUACAUCCUCAUCGAGGGCGAUACCGAGGUCGUAGUCAGCAAUGCCCUGACAGAGCUGACGAGGCUGCUGAGGGAGGGGACCAUCGCGGCCGCGGACGCGGAGAAUCGUGCACCGGCCAGCGGGCGGUACACCAUUACGUGA